AUUCAAGUGUGGAAGCAUGCAGUUGUAAAUACUUGCACUUCAAAAUGUAUAUUGGGAUAGGGGUAGCAAAAUGUUGGGAGCAUCAGAGCAGUUCCUAAAUACACUACAGGCAAAAACUUAUUUUGAUAUCAGACCAGAGUUUCUUAACAUAGUAUCAAAAAAACACAUUAUUUCAAAAAACUAUUUUCCCUAUCUAAAGAGGGUUUAGUUAUUUAACAAGUUAGGAGCCCAACAUUUCCCAAACUUACUUGGCCCCAUAACUUUUGCUGCUGCUCUUGUUCUUUGGAAACUGUCAGUAUAUUUGGAUGAUAAUACUAGUGGGCUGUUAAAAAUAAUUUUUAAAUCAUUUUACUCUAACAUAACUUACUCACAAUUAUCUAGAGGAGUGAGAGGAUACUAGAUCAACAAACAUGAGCAAUGUUGAAGAUUUUAACAGGAAAUUAAGUAUGGACUGAACCACAGGAAGUAUACAACCAAAUGCCUUUAUGUCAUCUGUCUUUGAGCUUCAUCGGUUUCAUUAGGGUCACUUCCAAAGUGGCCAGCUCAUCUCACCAGUUAUCUUUCUUAAUGCCUUAUGUUAUCUUCCCAACAUAAAAUGAUGCUUGUUACAUACAAUAUAAUGAGCUCAUUAUAGUGAAGUUAAUGACUGUGUAUAAGUGAAUUUUAUAAUAUUGUAAAUGUGUUUUCUUCAAAUAUUCUUUAUCCUGACGAUAGAACCAGAACAGAAAAAUUAAUACUCCCCUCCCUUUUAUCAGCUUUACCUAAUACCAUCAGAAGCUUCAAUAAGUAAAUGCUUUUUUGUCCUUUUAAAGGAAAGUAUUGUCCUUUCAGGGGUAAAAUCCAAGGAGGCUUAAGUUAAACUGGGUACUCUAUAAAUAAGCCACACUUGUUAUAUAAACUGUUGAAAGCUUAUAUUUUACUAACUUCUCUAUCCUUAUAAAUGAUUACUCAUCUAGUUCCUUGAGUUUUGUUUGUGUUUUAAACUUUAAUCUCAAUUAAAGCUAAAACUGUUAUCUCUCCAGAGAUACUGCCAAAAUGUGAAAGAUCAUUACCUAAGAAGUACACAUUAUUGGUCUAUCCAAAUAGACUUUUAUUUUACCUUGAGCAGUUUUUCCUGUGAUACUAUGACCUUGGUAUCAAUAUGUUUACAAAUUAUGUCAUAUUUGUAUACAAUUAAACAUUUCUUUAUUUAUGAUUGGUUUUAAUUAAACUUUAUUUUUUCCUAAUAUGCAAAAUAUGCAAAAAUCAAAGUUUGAUAUACUAGUUAUAUUCUUAAUAAAUAUGAAAAUAAUAUUAAAAACCAUGCACCCCUUAAAAUCAUCCUAUGUAUUGCCAGUCGAUGUCUAGCACACACCUUGGAAAAUAUUAACAUGGAAAUUUCCUGCCAUGGAAAUAAGGGAUGAGAAUUGGAGUGGGAAAAUGUGAAGAUAGCCUCUUAUAACUUUCCCUCCUAUCAGAUAUGUGCAAAAUAAUUAAACAAAAAUUAUUUGUUUACUUUGCACUGCUUCCUGCAGAAAAGAAGAGAACUCUUAAAAUAUUUUGAUCAGAUGAAUUUUAUAGUCAAGGACUAUCCAAAGCAUGGAGUAAGAUACAACUCUAUGUGAUGAAUUUCUAUGUGAGUUUCUAUAUGAUAAAUUAAUACGCCAAAUGAAACAGUUUAUUGAAACAUGCAACUUUUUAAAAAUAAACAAACAUCCUCCAGAACCAAAGACUGAUGCUGUUAAUGCUUUAGACAUGUGACAUAUGUGUGUGUACCUCUGUAUGUUUAAUUUUCUUUCUUUCUAAUCAAGUGACCUGUUCUCAUUUGGUUAAGUUUCAACCACAAGACACCACUGUAUGCUUUUUUUUUUUUCAAGAUACACGUCACAGCACACCAAGAAAGGGGGAACUUCCAGUGUCUGUGGUAACAUCACUUGAUAAACAGACUCCUUUAAACAGCAAGUGCCUGUCUGCAUUCUACUAUAUAAAGCAGCAGAGACGUUGACUAGCGCAUAUUUGCUAAGAGCACCAUGCGCGCAGCAGCCAUCUCCACUCCAAAGUUAGACAAAAUGCCAGGAAUGUUCUUCUCUGCUAACCCAAAGGAAUUGAAAGGAACCACUCAUUCACUUCUAGACGACAAAAUGCAAAAAAGGAGGCCAAAGACUUUUGGAAUGGAUAUGAAAGCAUACCUGAGAUCUAUGAUCCCACAUCUGGAAUCUGGAAUGAAAUCUUCCAAGUCCAAGGAUGUACUUUCUGCUGCUGAAGUAAUGCAAUGGUCUCAAUCUCUGGAAAAACUUCUUGCCAACCAAACUGGUCAAAAUGUCUUUGGAAGUUUCCUAAAGUCUGAAUUCAGUGAGGAGAAUAUUGAGUUCUGGCUGGCUUGUGAAGACUAUAAGAAAACAGAGUCUGAUCUUUUGCCCUGUAAAGCAGAAGAGAUAUAUAAAGCAUUUGUGCAUUCAGAUGCUGCUAAACAAAUCAAUAUUGACUUCCGCACUCGAGAAUCUACAGCCAAGAAGAUUAAAGCACCAACCCCCACGUGUUUUGAUGAAGCACAAAAAGUCAUAUAUACUCUUAUGGAAAAGGACUCUUAUCCCAGGUUCCUCAAAUCAGAUAUUUACUUAAAUCUUCUAAAUGACCUGCAGGCUAAUAGCCUAAAGUGACUGGUCCCUGAAGGGAAUUAACAGAUAGUAUCAAGCGCAGAAGGAAUGUGCCAGUAUGGCUCCCUGGGUGAACAGCUUGGCCUUUUUUGGGUGUCUUGACAGGCCAAGAAGAACAAAUGACUCAGAAUGGAUUAACAUGAAAGUUAUCCAGGCGCAGAGUUGAAGAAGCAUAAGCAAGACAAAAACAGAGAGACCGCAGAAGGAGGAAGAUACUGUGGUACUGUCAUAAAAAACAGUGGAGCUCUGUAUUAGAAAGCCCCUCAGAACUGGGAAGGCCAGGUAACUCUAGUUACACAGAAACUGUGACUAAAGUCUAUGAAACUGAUUACGACAGACUGUAAGAAUCAAGGUCAACUGACAUCUAUGCUACAUAUUAUUAUAUAGUUUGUACUGAGCUAUUGAAGUCCCAUUAACUUAAAGUAUAUGUUUUCAAAUUGCGAUUGCUACUAUUGCUUGUCGGUGUUAUUUUAUUUUAUUGUUUUUGACUUUGGAAGAGAUGAACGGUGUAUUUAACUUAAGCUAUUGCUCUUAAAACCAGGGAGUCAGAAUAUAUUUGUAAGUUAAAUCAUUGGUGCUAAUAAUAAAUGUGGAUUUUGUAUUAAAAUAUAUAGAAGCAAUUUCUGUUUACAUGUCCUUGCUACUUCUAAAAACUUGCAUUUAUUCCUCAGAUUUUAAAAAUAAAUAAAUAAUUCAUUUAA